AUGGGCGAUGAUGCGGGGACGCCCGCGGUGGUGUCACCGUCCUCUUCGUCCGUCGCGGACGGCGCGAGAGGCGCGAUCGCGGGCGUCGCGUCGCGAUUCGUCACCCAUCCGCUCGACACGAUGAAAUCACGCGCGCAGGUCCUCGGCGCGCUCGCGUCGACGUCCGGGACGACGAUGCUCGGGAGAGGGUUAUACAGUGGGUUCGGCGCCGUGGUGAUGUUCGCGCCCGCGGCGUCGGGGGCGUACUUCGUCGGGUACGAGAGCGGACGACGAGAGCUCGGAGACGGCGCGCUCGCGCUCGCGGCGACGGGAAUGUGGGCGCAGGCUCUCGCGGGGGUCGUGUACACGCCCAUGGACGUGAUAAAGGAGCGGUUGCAAACGCAAGCGGUGUUAGGGGUCGAUGAGCGCGCGGGGACGUAUCGGAAUUGGGCGCACGCCGCGCGGGUCAUCGCGCGCGAGGAGGGCGCGCGCGGUUUGUUUCGAGGGUACUGGGCACAGAAUUUCGUCUGGUGGCCGUGGUCGGCGACGUAUUUCGUGAUUUAUGAACGCCUGCGGGGGUUCAUCGGGGGCGGCGAGGAGGUGAUGCCGGCGGUGAGCUCGGCGUGCGGGCUCGGCGCGGCUGCGGCGGCGACGACGCUGACGCACCCGCUCGAUUUGGCCAAGACGCGUUUGCAGACGCUUCGGUUCGACGAUCGCGCGUCGGCGACACUGUUUAGCGUUCUACGACGCGUGGUCGAGCGCGACGGUGUGAGAGGAUUGUUCGCGGGUGUCGUCACGCGCGUGGCGUCCGUGGCGCCGGGCUCGGCUAUUAGUUUCGGCGCGUACGAGACCCUUCGACAGAGCGGGUGGUGA